AUGUCGCAAAUGAACUCCCUCACCACGCUGAUAAAGCGGCUCGAGGCUGCAACAUCGCGAUUGGAAGACAUGGUACCGUCCAUGGCUGAAGACUCAAAUGUUCCAAAUGGAACAACUCCAAAUCAGCACCAAGCUACCAUUCUCAACGAUGACCAUGCCCGAGUUGCCUCGCCCUCAGCGCACCAGCCAAAUGAAUCACUUCCACAAGCUGUACAGGAUUUUGAUGAAAUGAUAAACAAUGUUGUGAAGACCUAUGUGAACGUCAGCGAAGAGGUCGGAGGACUUGUUGCUGAGCAGUCGGCAGCCGUGCUACGUGCAUUUGCUGCAGAACGCAAAUUUCUGAUUAUUACGUGCAAAUCAAAAAGGCCCGAGAUACAGUCGACCGUCUACAUGGAGAUUUUGAAGGAUCUACAAUCAAUGAUGGGCGCUGUCAAUGAUAUAAGGGAAGCAAAUCGCGGGAAAUCUCAAUUCGUUCACCUGACUACAGUAUCAGAAGGAAUUGCUGUACUCGGAUGGAUCACAAUAGAUCCAAAACCUGUGGACUACGUAACGGAGAUGCUGAGCAGUAGCCAAUAUUACGGCAAUCAAAUUAUUAAGAACAAUAAGGAGAAAGACCGUAAACAGGUCGAAUGGGUCAACGCAUUCUACAACAUUUUCAAAAGCCUAGGUAGCUACGUACAACAACAUUAUCCCAAAGGUGUCACCUGGAAUCCGAAGGGCAUGGAGCCACAGAAAGCAUUGCAGGAGGUUCAGUCGGAGCAGCCAGCAUCAAAGUCACCAGCAACUUCCUCAAUUGCAGCACCACCACCUCCGCCGCCGCCGCCUCCACCUCUUCCAACCUUCGACGAUCCUCCUCAAUCUGCCCCUAAUGGUGUCUCAAAAAGCGGUUCUGAUAUGGGUGCCGUCUUCAGUGCAAUAUCCCGCGGCUCGUCCGUAACCUCACACCUCAAAAAGGUCGACCCUACAGAAAUGACGCACAAGAAUCCUUCCCUCCGCAGUAACAACGCUGUUCCCUCGGGUCCCGUCCGCACCGCCUCUCAAACCUCUACAUCCUCCUCCCGAGGUAAAUCACCUCUGCCGGACAAGAAGCCCAAGCCACAAAAUAUGCGAACGAAAAAACCGCCGAAAAAAGAACUAGAGUCCAACAAGUGGUUGAUCGAGAACUACGACCACCAUCAAGGUAUGCUGGAGAUCGAAGCACAAAUCAGCCAUUCCAUCCUGGUGUCGAAGUGUACGAAAACUGCGAUAAGGGUCGUAGGCAAGGCGAACGCCAUCUCGCUAGACAAUUGCACUGGAGUUUCUCUUGUUAUUGACUCAUUAGUAAGUUCAGUAGAGGUGAUCAAGAGUCCGAAGUUCGAGAUGCAAGUCCUUGGAAGCCUGCCAACUCUUCUGCUGGAUCAAGUCGAUGGAGCACAGAUAUAUCUGGCGAAGGAGUCCCUAGGGAUAGAGAUCUUCACAUCGAAGUGUACGGGUGUGAACCUCAAUGUGCCUGGUGCGACGGAGGACGACGAUUACACGGAGCGAGCGGUGCCAGAGCAGAUCAAGAGUAUUAUCAGGAGUGGCACCGUGGUCAGCGAAAUCGUGGAGCAUGCGGGAUAG